AUGGCAACACCACAAACCGAUACUGGUGAACUCUUUUUAAGUCGUCUCUCAGAAACUUUUACAUGUCGUCCAGGUGAUAACGUGCUUGUUGAGUGUUAUGUUCGUCAUCAACGUGUUAAAUCAAUUGUAUGGUAUGUAAAUGGUGAACUAGUUGAAGCAAGAGGUUUUCGUAUAUGGCAUCGAUAUCAACCAAGAACUGGUCAAUGUACACUUCAUAUACGUUCUGUAAUGUAUUCAGAUGAUGGUUUAUAUUGUUGUGAAGCAACAAGUAUAGAUGAUGUUGUCGAAACAUUAGAAAUUAAAUUAAAAAUUGAAAAUCAGGAUAAAACUUGGACUAAAAUUCCUGUACUUCAAAGAGCUGGACGUAUAAUAUCAGAAAAUGAAGAUAAAUCGAGUACAAUAUUCUUAAUCUCAAAUAAUCAAACAUCUUUUAUUGAUGAAAAUAUGUUUCCAAUACAUUGGUAUGAAUUACGUAUUGAUCGACCGUUACUUGAUCCAACAAUAUCACUUGAAAAUACUUCAUUACAACUAUCAUGUCGCAUUGCUGGCCUUCAUAUUGAUAAAUUUGAAUGGUAUAGAAAUGGAGAAUUAAUUGCUGUUUGUACUGAAACUCCACCAUCGUCACUUACAACAACAAUAACAGGUGAAAUUGAUCGUGGUGUAUUUCAUGCAUCUUAUGAUACAUUACCAGCACAUUUUAUUGCUUUAUUAACUAUUGAUAGUACAACAAAACAACGUCAUGAAGGUACAUAUGAAUGUCAGGCAUCGAAUGCAUAUUAUAAUGUUUCAUCAUCAUGUGAAGUUAUUAUUGAACAAAAUGAUCAAGAACAAUUACCAGCUGAUGAAAUAAUAUCUUCGCAUUUAAUAACGGAAACUAAAAAACGUACAGAUGAUGAUCGACAGGAACAAACACUUCCAAUCGAAGCAAAACGUCUUCGUAUUGAUGAAAUAACAAACGAUCGUCAAAGUCAAUAUUAUCAACCAUUAACAAUUAGUCCUGUUGAAUCACCAUUUCGAACUAUUGGUGAUCAAUUGGUACCUUCAGCUGAUAAUAAAAAAGAAACAACAAAAACUGUCAAAUGGAAUGAGCAAAUAGAAACUUUUCACAAAAAAGAUUCACUACAUGAAAUUGACACAUUACUUCCACCAAUACCAGAAGCAGUUCCAUCGUCAUCAGAUGAAAGUAGUAGUGUAUCGGCUGGUGAUCUUGAACAAAUUCUUCGUUCACAUUCAUUACUUUCAACACAUGCAAUGGAAAAAAAUGUUGAUACAAGUAGUAGUUCUGAUACAGGCACUGAAUCAUUAGGCAUGUGUCCAGUAUUUUUUCAAUUACUUCCAUCAAAAACAGAAUGCGAAGAAGGUGAACGUUUAUUACUCUCAUGUCAAGUUAUGGCUGGUAUACAAUGUCAAAUAAAAUGGUUAAUUAAUGAUAUGAUUAUUUUUGAAAAUAAAUCUCGUACUCGACGUCAUUAUAAUCCUGAUACUGGUAUUUGUUUUAUGAUUAUUGAUCCAACGAUAAUUACUGAUACAGGAAUUUAUCGCUUAAUCAUUUCAAAUCGACAUGGCCAAGCACAAUCAACAUGUCAAGUUCAAAUUUCAAAUCGUCAAUUACCACCUAUGCCUGAAGAUGAUUUAUCAACUCGUUUAUACUUUAUUAAACCAUUACCAUCAAUACCAAUAACAUGUCGUGAUGGUGAUACUAUACAAUUGUCAUGUGUUGUACAUGGACGACGACCAAUACAUAUUCGUUGGUUUAAAGAUGAACAACAAAUAUCAAUUAAUGAUAAACAACAACAUACACGUCAGAUUUAUUUUGAUUGUUUAACUGGUAAAUCGACAUUAACUAUUCAUGAUAUUUAUCCAAAUGAUAGUGGAGUAUAUCGAUGUGAAGCAAACAAUGAACAAGGAACAGCAAAUACAACAACUACAGUAGAUGUAACACAUUAUCAAUAUGAAGUAGAUAGUGAAAUGUCUUCAGCAUCAUUUGCAUCAAGUCCACCAAGUGAUCAUGAAGAUAUAACAGGAUCACAAUCAUAUCGAUCCAUAGAUGAAAAUGCUUUAUAUGAAGAAUCACAUCGUCUUGUUGAAGAAUUAGAUGCUCGUAUUGCUGAUUUAUCUAGUGGAACUACAACGAUUAUUGAAGAUAUUCAACAACAACAACAACAACAACAACAAUAUGGUAAAAUAAUUUUUUUUUAA